AUGUCUUCCAAAAUAAUGUCUGAUUUAAUCAGCGAAUUCAUGUGUGUCGUAUGCUUUGAUUACAUGAAACCGCCAAUCCAGAUGUGCCAUAAGGGCCACAGCUGUUGCAAGUCCUGCUUUGGGCGUAUGAACCAAUGUCCCGAAUGCAGAGGCCAGAAGAGCGAUUUCAGGAACCUGAACCUCGAAAGGAUUUAUUACAAACUCGUCUUCCCUUGUCAAAACGCUGACUACGGUUGUGACUUCUCUGCCAAGGGUGCGGAGGUGAUACCACACGAGGGCAAGUGCAUAUAUGCAUAUACGCAUUGUCCGUUUGCUAAAUAUGGGUGCACGUGGUCGGGAGUCUACAAUACAAUGGAGGACCAUUUUAGGGAGGUGCAUUAUUUCAAACAUGAUAUCCCUAAAUUUUGUUACCUGAGGGGUUUCAAUGAGAGAGCCAAUACUUGGCACCAGGCGCUGAAGUUCGACGGAUACCUAUUCAUACUUUGCGUGAUAAAGGAAGGGAAUAGUUUUUGGUUUGGCAUUUACUCCAUCAUCAAUACUGAAGUUGUAUAUAAUUAUGAGUUGACAUUCGUGGAUUCUGAAGAGAAUAGGACGGCCAGUUUUAGAGGAAUUUGCUCAAAAAGAUGGACCGCCGAAGAAUUUGAUAUGAACAACAUACAGAGUGCACCUGGGAUGUUGGUUGAGGGUUUUAGACAGGACGACUUUGUUAAAUAUAAGGUUGAAAUAUUUCGUAAACCGAUUCCUCCUUUAGAAUCCUAA